AUGGACUUCCUGGGAUGGGUGGGGGUUGGCAGUGGAGCAGCGUGGGGGUUGGAGCUCAGAGAGGAGGCUCCAAAUCCAGAGCCCCUCGUCUCCAGGUUGGGGGCAGAUCGCUCCUCCGUUAAUCACCGAACACGGACUGUAUGCACCCCUGGGGGGGGCGGGAGCUGGGUGAAAGCCGAGGCCUGGGUGUCAGGAGUGGCACAGGAGGGCACCUCUGGCCCCACAGGAACUGCCCCCUUGGCCACAGGUGGUGUGUGCUGGCUCCAGCAGGGCCGAGAGGCCACCUGCAGCCUGGUGCUGAGGACUGACGUGAGCCAGGCUGAGUGCUGUGCCUCCGGCAACAUCGACACCGCCUGGUCCAACUUCACCCACCCCGGGAACAAGAUCAGCCUCCUGGGCUUCCUGGGCCUCGUCCACUGCCUCCCCUGCAAAGAUUCGUGCGAGGGCGUGGAGUGCGGCCCCGGCAAGGCGUGCCGCAUGCUGGGCGGCCGCCCGCGCUGCGAGUGCGCGCCCGACUGCGCGGAAGAGAGCCCGCAGGCCCGAGUGUCUCUGGAUUGGGUCUUUUGUGGGAUGGAGAAUAAAGAAGAGUCGGGUGGAACUCUGGAAAGUGGGGUUCGAAAGCUCACGUGGGAGUCGUGCGCGCACGUGGUGUGCCCGCGGCCGCAGUCGUGCGUGGUGGACCAGACUGGCAGCGCCCACUGCGUGGUGUGUCGCGCGGCGCCGUGCCCCGCGCCCUCCAGCCCCGGCCAGGAGCUCUGCGGCAACAACAACGUCACCUACAUGUCCUCGUGCCACCUCCGCCAGGCUACCUGCUUCCUGGGCCGCUCCAUCGGCGUGCGCCACCCGGGCAGCUGCGCAGGCUCCCCUGAGCCGUCAGAUGCUGAGUCGGAGGAGGAGGAAGAGAACUUUGUGUGACCUGCGGGGCGGCCUGGGCCUGGCGUUCAAGGCCUCCCACUUUAUUUAUUGCCACAGCAGAGCCUAAUUUAUGUCCCACGGACACUCCCUAGAGCCUGGAUCGGACCACUUGGGGGAGCCCUGGGAGCCCCAUCCCCCAAGAUAUCUUGAGGAUUGGGGGAAGGAGGGCUGGGAUCCGCGCUGGUGGGUGGGACCGCCACCCCAGUACCCUACUACCCAGGAGGACCUCAGGCUUCUGCUCUCUGGCGCAUAACUAUCGAUUGUCACUGCCACUCAGAGGGCUGUGGAUUCUGUGCCAGCGAUUAAUGAAAAGGCACCCCAGCCCUAGGACAGGGACCAGGGGGUGAGGAGCAAGUCCACAGCCCAAAUGUGUGUAGAUGAGCCUCAGAAGAUGCCCAGACAGGGGACAGGCCGAGGAAGUAGCCUCUGUACCCUACUGGCCCACGAAGUCAGGGCUCUCCUCUCCUGCUGCCUCCAUUUACUCAGUAAGUCCUGAGAAAGCCCCUGGGGAGAGCCCGGCUUAUUUCCUGGGUGGGGCGCUCUCUGUGCCUCCUACGUGGGUCUCGGGCAUGGAGCCACCAGCAUUCGCCCAGGACGGGGCACCAUGUCUAGUGUGCCUGAUCCGGUUAGGGUGCGACCCAGCAGGGCCCAGGAGCCCCCGCUCACCCACUGGCUCUGGUGGGGUGUAGACACCAAAGCCCACUGCACUCCUGGCCUCCUGGAACUAUGUGUCGGAGCAGCACCCCUAGUGCGUAUUGCCCUGUCCACAGGUGAGGUCCAGACCCGGGACCCCUCGGUGCCACGAGGCCAGCCUUUGCCGGGUCUCUGGACUCUGCUUGCCUACCAGCCAGGCUCAGGGGUCUCGACCCCCACCCUAGAGCCGAUUCCCUCCGUUCCAGCUGGGUUGUCGCUCUGUGUCACCUCCCCGUGCCUUCGUGUAGACCAGAGGCUCAGACCAGAUAUGGGGGUCUGACAGGGCAGGAACCCAGCUCCUCAAAUUUGAGAUGAGGGAUGCAGGGGACAGUGUGCUCAUCCUCUCCCAGCCCCCGGGAAGUGCCUUACCUGUGACACCCAGAAAAGUGCUCUUGAGUAGGUGGGUUCGCCCGAGCUCCCCCCACAAGGCAACCUCCCCGCCCUGGGGUCCUGCCUCACCAAAGAAAUAAAGACUGUCAAAAGCGA